CAGAGUGUUACUAUGACUUUUGGUUUGAUUCCACCUCACUCCCCAUUUUAUUGGUUUAAGCAUUCAUUCUCAUCGCCUUUCCAUUUUUAUAUUAUUAUUACUGCCGUAACACCCAUCAACCUUCCUAAUUAUAGCAUCCCCCUCCUCUUUACAUUCCGAGUUUCAACCUCUUCCACUCCCACCACCACCACCACCGACGCCACCUUCCAUCUUCCUCCUCUUUUAUCAAACUCCAUUUAUGAGGAUCCAGUGUGACGUCUGUAACGAAAACGAGGCGUCGGUGUAUUGCUCCGCCGAUGAGGCUGCCCUCUGCGCAGCUUGUGACCACCGCGUGCAUCACGCCAACAAACUCGCCGGAAAACACCCACGAUUCUCCCUCCUCCACCCUUCCCCUAAAGAUUCGCCUCUCUGCGAUAUCUGUCAGGAGAAAAAAGCUUUCUUGUUUUGUCAACAAGAUAGAGCUAUCCUCUGUAAAGACUGUGAUGUUGCGAUUCAUAAAGUCAACCAACACACACAAAACCACAACCGGUUUUUACUCACCGGCGUUAAGCUAUCUCCGACUGCUUCUCUCUAUUCGUCAUCAACUCCUCCGGCGGUGAUACCCACUACCAAAAACGGUGUCGUUCCCGACCAACUUCUGGAACCACUUCCUUCUCCGAUCAUGAACCAGACUACUUUUAAAACUCCGAACUGCCACCAUGAAUCAAACGGGUCGGGUAACGGUUCCACGACGAGUAGUAUAUCGGAGUACUUGAUUGAGAUGCUACCCGGUUGGCAUGUCGAAGAUUUUCUUGAUGCUCCUUCAAACUUCUCAAAGGUUGUUGACAACGAUCCGUCGCUUAUGUGGGGUGGUGAUCUACUAGAAGGAAGCUUGAAUAGUGGUUUCUCGCCGGAAUCAAUGGGGAUGUGGGUUCCACAAGCACCACCACCGGCAGCUCCACCACCUCCGCCACCGCAGUCGAGGUAUACUCAUCUGGCUCAACAAUCCGAACCCAGUUCAAUGAUGGGAUUUGGAGAUCAAACAAUCAACGGAUCAUCACUUAUAUUUGCUCCAAAUAGUUACAUCAAUCAUAAUAAGAUCACGAACUCCACAAAAUCAACAAGAAAAAGGACACCCGACAAUGGAAAUUGCUUCACCGUGCCUCAGAUCAGUCCUCCUACAACGACCUCCAAGAGAUCAAGAACACUUUGGCAUUAAAAAACCAAUCAAGAUUUCUUUUUUCUCGAUCUUUUUUUUUUUCCUUUUAUGUUUCUUUCUUGUUAUUAUGUUUAGGUUGCUGUUAGAUUUUGAGACUCUUUUUCUUUCAAAUCAAAUGGGUUUUGGUUCUUCGAUCAUUUGGCAUCUUCUUUUGAGCAAAAAGAAUACAAAAUCAAGCUGCUAUUCUGCACUUUAAUCCUGCUUGAUUGGAGUGAUCAAGAUUAACAAAUACUAAUCAAUGUUUAAUUAAAUUUGUAUUUUGUAUUCAAUAAUGUAAUGCGAAUGGACCAAAAUUGUUUAUACUUUACAUAGUUUCUAGAUAAUUUUUUGCAUUAUUUUCAUAUAAAU